GACUCUCGCUUAAUUGAUUUUCUUUUCAUGUUUUUCGGUUUUUGUUUUAAUUCCUUCGCUUCGUGCCCGCUGACACAUUCUACAUGUGUUUCUAUUAAACACUUGAUUGCCUCUGCUCCUAUGUGCCGCCGUGUGACUCUGGGUGUGUGUUCAUGUUCAUGUGUAGCUCCCCACAUGUGGGUGUAUUUGUACGUUGGUCGUUCGCUCUUGGUCUGGUGAGAGUUCUAGACACUUUCGUCUAUUCGACGACCGUCAGUUGCAAAAGCGGGCAUCUUCAAGUGGCAAGUAGGUAGCUAAUAGUGUCGCGUUCAACGUGUUUACGUUGCGAGCACAUCCGCGUUUCGGUUUGGUUAAGUAGAAAAUUCACUUUUGUGGCACGUUAGUGAAAUUCAUUCAGUUUAGUGGACGUUUUUUCGCCAAACGGAUGUCUAGUGUGUGCUCUGCGAUUAGAAGUGAUUUCUAUUGGCGGAAGUGAAGAUCAGAAAUUAGGUUUCUCUUUUAACAAAUGUGCCUUAGCUGCAUAACUUCGCAAACAAAAUUUAAUAAAACUAAAAUAAUUGCAAAUGAUAAAGUUGAAAAGUGCAAUCAACAGCUACAAAUAUCAGAAAUAAUAAACAGCAAUAAUUAAAUAAAAAUUUUACCCCCCGCAACAGUAGAGCGGUGUCUGUGUAUCUCAAGUCGUGUGCGCAGUGCAUUCACACACAUACAUAUAUAAAUAUUUAUACAAAUACAUAUAAAAGCUACCGCAAACAAUUCUUCGGCUCAUAAAAUAAAGUGCAUUGAAUUAUAAUAAAUUUACAAAAGCAACAACAACAAAUGCUUACAUGUGUCUGUAUAUUUGUGUAAGCAUAUACAUAUAUGCACGCGCAAGGGUAAUCCAUGCAGUCACGUAAGAAUACUUAGCCGCGUUUAAAAAUAUAAAUAAACACAGCGACGGAGCGACGGCUGCGUGUCUAUUUGCCAUCGCUUUGAGAUAACAUAUCCGACAGAUACACACUGUAAGCGCCUAACGUUCUGUAAAAAGAUAAGAACUGUAUGGACACACUCGUCUGUCGGUGCGUCCGUGUGUGUAUGUGCGCGCGUGAGUUAAAGUAAAUAAAACGUGAUUUGCUGGUAAAUGCACAGGCAUUGUCUCACCAAAGCGUUGCAAUGCCAACUUGUAAGCGCUUAUGAGCUUGUGUGUGUGUGUGUGUGUAUGCGAACACACUUCAAAGUCAUAAAAAAACUACAAAAAAAAAACAACAGUGCUACUCCAACAAUAAUAAACCUUUGACGUUUAUCUUGCAACGCAACGUUGCACAAUCGCAAAACCAUACCAAUCGCUUAACCAGCACCCACAACACUUUGCACCGUUAAUCUGUUUUGUUUCGAGUGGAAAUAAAUAAUUACCGCUACAUUGACAAUCCGCAAUCCGCAAUUAUGCUCGCCAUUAAGGAGUGCCUGAUACGCGAGGGUGUCUUGAAUUUGACGUCAACGGCCAAUCUUGGCAAUGGUGGACUUGCCGUUGAAGAAAAUCGAGUUGGUAGCAGUGGCGCAGCUGUUGCAGGUGUUGCUGCAACUUCCAACACCAACAAUACUCACGGCAACAAAUUUAGUGACACAGCUGCUGUCAGCAACAAUUUGCGCGCCAUUAGCGCGAAUCACACUUACAACAAUGAUAAUCGUUAUAAACGCUAUAAUGAUAUAAUGACAGCAGCAAGAACAACAAAUAAAACAACAUUGGCACUCGACCCACAGCUGGUCAAGUUGAAAGAUCAAAAAUCCGUCGACACUACACAUAGCCCUUAUACCAAUAACGAAAACAAAUCGUCAAAUUGUAGUCUAUCCUCCGCAUCGGUCACUGCCAAAUCGAGCUGCCAGCAAACGUCAUCAGUAUACGAUAAAAUAAAGCAUCAACAACAACAACAUCAAUUGCAACAACAGCAACAGCGUCACCAAUCGUCAAAACAUCACUCGAAAGAACAACAACAACAGGGAACCAAAUCUUCUACAUCCUCCUCAACACGCUAUCACGGUGUGCAUCCACAUUUUCAUCACCACACCGCACCAGCCUACUACACCGACGUCAAUCUACAUAUCCACACCCCGAAGGCUAACGAUGUUACGUCACUAAAUGAGAAUUACCAGAGUGUCUACAGUACACCAACACAAUUGGUCAAAGAGCAUUAUUUUCCCAAAACUAGUACCGCUACAGUAGUACCACCACCAAUUGGCACGGGUGCAGCAGUUAUUGGCCGCGCCAGCACUACAUCGCCCUCGUCGGUGGAUAAGCGCGAACGUGAACGCGAACGCAACAAAGCGCCGAUCAACGCUUUCGACAGCGCUACUAGCAAUACAACAGCUGCACGUGCGGCUUUUUUUCGUGGCGGCUCUGCGGGCAGCAGCGGCUACAACAACAGCGAAAGGCAAAGUCACGAAGCUUUAGCGAAAUCGUCGCCAGCAUUUGGGCGCCCUACCGAGACAGGCACGAAUACAUCGACAACAACAACAUCGGCCGGGCGUAGUCGUAACUCACAUCGUUUCGCUGGUAAGAGACGCGCAGUGCGCGUGCGUAGCGAAUCCCGACCGAUUAGCGCGCUCUAUGAUAUAAUAUGCAAGGAGAAGGGUCUGGAUAUUGGUACCAGCACAACCAACGAAGAAGACUCGUCAGCGCCGUCAAACGAAGACGACGCGCAUCAUAGCGCACACAGCAAUCAUAAUACAAAGAGCAAGAGCAAAGAACGCAACCACCCACAUAGCAGUAACAGUAGAAAUAAUAGUCUAAAGAAUAGUAAAGAUUACGCAGAGAUCUCAAAUUGUUUAACCGCGUUCGUGGCCAACUCUUUGUCCAACUAUUUGGGUGGCAAGGCAUACGAUCAAUCGAAUAUGGAUCACGCUGCCACCGCAUCCGGUGAUACAAACGCAACACACGAUCGCACAAAGCGUUCACACAAGGUGCGCGCGUCCAGCGGCCACAAGCCAGGCACCAAAAAGCGCAAGGAUGUUGGCGGUAAAACAAAAGCGAGCGCGCCGCGUAGUCCUCGCGACGAAGAGCUCAACGGUGAGACCAGUGAAGAUUCGAAUGAGGCGCGUGCGCAGACCAUACUGUCGUCGCGCACCAAGCAUCGCGCUGAUUGUAGUCGCCGCAUGAAUGGUACUGAGAAGUCGGCCUCUUUGCCGCCACAGCUGCAUGUUAUGGCGCACGCCAACACCACCACCUCCACAGGCAUGCAACAAAAAGCAACUACUCAUACAAAUAAUGUCGAAUCAAAUACUCAUUUGGAUGUGCGCAAAAAGUGCUCCAUUCAUUGUCGCUGUCAUUUGUGUUGCGAAUGCCGCUCCUCGAAUUCCGCUCAUCGCACAUCACAUUAUCCAUAUGAAUAUCAUCAAUCCUCAUUACCACCAAACCUGUCAUCCGGCACAUGUAGUAGCGUACGCUCGCCCAGCACCGCCGAUGACGAUAGUCUCGGUUACUCCCCCGAAAAGCUAUACAUUGAACCUGUAAAUAUGAAUUUAAGUGGUAUCUCAUCUAGCCCUGUUAAUGCUAAAAAUGCCAAUAGUAGUAGCAGUGGUGUAGUGCUUGAGCCAACGUCCAGCAUACACUCGGCGCGCAAUACCAAAGAGCGUGUUAGUCGCGCCCAGCAACGACGUUUGCGCGAAGAAAUGCGUCGUCAUACGGAUCUGCCGCAAUUGGACUCACUCUCGCCAUCCUCGCUUAGUAAUCUUAGUCAAGUGGUGGGUUCGGCGGAGAAGGCACUGAGUGAAGAUGAAGGUGUUGCGGGCGUGAAGCAACAAGACACUCGCACGAGCAGAGCUAGAAGAUUUAUAAAUCGUCCCAGUCGUACACCGUCACGUGGUCGCAGCGCCAACAGCGCGCACAGUUCACCACAUUCAACGCGCCGCAACAACCAACACGCCGACACUUCGACAUCUUCGUCCUCACCACCAGCCGAAUCGUCGCAUUGUCAACGCCUAACGGCCGCUACAGCUGGAGACGACUACAGUUUGAGUAACCUUGCGCUGCCACCCGUCAGCCCGAACGCUAGCACCGUUACCAUUGAGGAUGUAGGCUCGGCCUCCUCUAGCGAUCAUAUUGCCCAUAUACAAUUAUCCCCAUUAGAAAUAAUGACCAAUUCAGCGACACCAACAACCGAGCUGCGUCCGCCGGCGAAUGGCAGUGCCGCACUCGAUGUAGGCGAGGCACAUCCCGCCGAUACGGAGGUGAAUGCGGAAGCCGGUACGGCCAAUUUUGGCGUUCAGGUGGCCAUUUCAGCGGCGGAAGCUUUGCGCCAACGCAAAUACGAUGUCCAUACACAUAAAUCUCCACAUAAAAAUCCUUCCAAAACUAGCACACGAACCAUUACGACUAACAGCACCACGCCCACAAUUACAAGUGUCAACGUUACGAAUAGGUCGACCACAACAAUUGUAAAACAGCGUGACCAACAACAACCCCUUCAAUACAACAAUAAAAGCAACCACAAUAGCAACAAUGCUAUACAUAACAGUAAUUGUUGCCACAACAGUUACGCCAUGCCUACUGAAACAUUUUUGCUUAAACAAAAAGCGGCAAUGCUCGCCGCAAGCAGCGCCAACACCAACAGCAACACAAGCGCCACAGUUGUUGUGAGAAAGAAACCGUUAUCGCCGCUACAAAUCAUUGCAUUGCCACACAAUGCAACCCUGGCAACACCAUCUCCAAACGGAACAGCUACAGAGACAACAGCGAUAACAGCAACAACAGCGCAUCAGCUGAGUCACCAACUUAACGCGCAACAACAUCCAACAGAUGUUGCUAUCCACCGGCAACAACAACUACAACAUACGGGACAUAUUACACAAACGCUACAACGGCGUCCAAGUCCACUUUUAGGCGCACCACUCUCACCCUACGCUAUAGCGCGCUCACCGUUGUCGCCAUGCGCGUCACCACAUUAUGUGCGUCCGACAAAAGCGUCGCGUUUGCGGGCAGCCGCCUUGGAUAAGAAAAAGUGCGAAGACGAAACAAUUCAGCGUCCACGCUCUCCAUGCUAUGGUUCUCCCCUAACAUCACCGCGUCCAGCAGCAUCACCAAAACAUCAAUCGCCGCGUCUUUCGACAAGCUCAUCAUCCGACAAUCCACGUCCGAACACAGCCGAAUCUGAAAGUGAUACAAAAUUGGCACAGCACUCAUCUCUUACAGUAAAACCACGUCUCACAUCAACCUCCUCGAAUGAGUCACCAACCACCAACAAGAAGCUGAUACCCUCAGUUUCUGUAUCGGUUAAACAGAAUCUCAGCGAAUUGCAAUUUAAUGGUGGUCCUACAAAAACGAGCAAUUCGAAAUUGAAGAAACCACGCACGACUGCAACUCCCACACCAUCAACUGAGUGUACUGCCAAAUUUACACGCUCGGCAGGUCGCUUGUCAACGGCUGAAGAAUCAGAUACGCAUGCGCUAGCGAAAGCGACAACAAAACCGCUGCCGCGUCCACGUAUCUCCAGCACCAUAAAAUCGAGUAAGUCGAAAUCGACAAAUGAUCUGAAACCGGCGAGCAGCGAUAGCUCGCCCGGCAAAACAGAGCUUAGCCCGGUAAAUGGUGUAACUCCUGUUGGUCCCUUGGAGGAUCGCGAUAAAUCAUCGAAACGCAAAUCGAAUUUGAAUCGUUCGCUCAACGAAGAGGCCACCGUCGAUAGUGUAAUCAAUCUGAAAUAUCUGCUGCUAACCGCAAAAAUAAGGAAAAAUAAGCUAUUUUUAAAUGACUCCUUAGCAGCGCGUCGUCGUCGUCGCCGUGAGCUCGGCAUGGUGCGACAACUCGUGCCACCCGAUGAUCCAGUACUACGUGAAAUGCUAUCACCACGUCAAAACAAAACCGACACGUCAGCCAAAAAUUUAACGAGCAACAAAUCGCCUCACAGCGAAUUGGCCUAUCACAUGGAGAUCGCGCGUCGCGGUUGGGAUCUAGUCAAUCCGAGCGUAAGCAAUCGUGCGCGUUCCGAAACAACAAGCCCAAAAUAUGAUCUACACGCAUGUGAAAGCUUAAUAAGAGAGAGACCAAGUAGCAAUCGUUUAGCACGUCGCAGCGAUACAUUGCAUCUGGGCGAAUUACGCAAGUUGCGUUCGAACGAUGUUAAUCGAAAGAUGAACGAGCGUACAAAAACCGAUUUGGCCGAGAUUAAAAAGAUUGCCGAACAGGCUAAUGUCGAAAUGGCUAUGAUGGCUUCGGGUAUCGCAGCUGAAUUAGCCGCACAGGCUGUACGUGGUGGUGAGGAUUAUAUCAAUAAUGAUACGGAGGCCAGAGAUAGCAACGAGUGUAUUGUUGAAUUGGCUACGCCGGCACGUUACGGUAUUGGUAGUCGUCUACCACCGCCAGCACCAUCAUACACGGAAUUAGAGGUGGCCGCCGAGGCGAAGGAGCGUGAUCCGUCACCAGCCAAACAUGCCACAUUUGUGCAGGAAGAACGCAUCUACUAUGAACCGGAAGCUGACGAGCAGUUGGCUAAAACCGUCUCGAAUACAACAAUGUCUGGCGGCAUAUUGCGGCAGCGUAUAUUGAAAGCGCGUAGCAUGGAACGUGAUGCUGGUCACGAACAGCCGAAACUAUCACCGAUAUUACGACGCAGAAGCACAGAUGAUCCCACAUAUAUACCGGUGCCGACAAGCGUAAGCGUGCACACGACGUCGCCAUCCACAUCGACACACAACCACAUUGUUUCGAUACUCAAGAAGAAAGAUCAUAUUGCGGGCGAGUCCAGUUCAGCUUCGAGUAAUGCUUCGCCGGUGACAUUUUCGGCAAAUGUAGUCGAUACACCGACUUCGAAACAAAAACGUGCUGGCAUACUUAAGAAACGUUCAAGUCUGGACGAGUCACGCUAUUACUCGCGCUCACAUUCGCCCGAUGAGCGCAGCAUACUUAUUAAAUCGGCGCGUCGUAAUUCAUUAGAGGAGACGGCCGGCUUACAGCAACAGCAACAACAUGGCAUACUCAAACAGAGCAGCUAUGAGAGUAGCAAAAGUGAUGGUUGCCCCUCCGCUACUGAACCACAUCCACAUGGUAUAUUGAAGAAGAAAGAUUCUACCUCGACACCUUCCGAUGGUGGCACACAUGCGCCAAAACAUGUCUCGAUCUCACAAGCUGUGAAAAUGGCCGCGGCCGAAUUAGGUCGCGAAACAGCCGAUACGCAAGGGUUGGCUGGCGAACACGAUGAGAGCGGCUACACGCCCAACAAUGAUGAAUAUGAAAUCCGCCCAAUACUCAAAUUGGAGAGUGUAUCCAGCGAUGAUGCUAUGCGUCCACCAAAACCGAUAUUGAAGAAGAAGUCGUCUGGUGAUUCGGACGAAUACGAAAUACGUCCCAUAUUAAAGACAUCGCGUAAGAGCAGCCGUGAGGAGUUCGAUUUGGGCGGCUCAAUCAGCGAAGAUGGCCGUCAUUAUAGCGAACCGCCACCACCGAUUGUACGUCCAAUUCUAAAGACUGAUUCACCAUCGAAACGACGUUCACUAGGUGGUGAAGAGCUGGAACCAGAUGUUUUCAGCGCUGAACAAGUCAGUGGCCAAUCACCAAGUUUACUUAAACGGCGUACACGCUCUUUGGAACGUCAAGAAGCGCCCGUGGUGGAUUUGGCAGCCGCAUUGAAUGCCAUUGCCACAUCACAAGCCGCACCAUUGGAGUUUGUGUCCACACCGAUCACAACUGGUGGCAGCAUUUCCGUUGCAGAGCGUAUAAAAAAUAUGGAAAUGUUUCUUAGCAGUAACGGUACUUCACCGUCUACACCAGCAGAUACCAACAGUAGUUGGGAAUCGCCUUUGCAGUCCGGCGUUACUCCGAAACUGUUCAAACCGAGCGCCAUACGUCGCGACAUGUACCGCGAUCGCUACAAGACGCAACCAAUAACGAACGAUGAAAAAUUACUCUUUAAAGCCACUGCAUCGCCGCUUGACACCUCCACCACAUCCGCCUUCAAACCGACCAAAUCGCUGGACGCAGGUCUCAAUUACAACACAUUCGCCCAUUUGAAUGCACCAACGGCCGCCUCUAGCAUCUCACCGGGCAGCAGUUACACACUCACCCGUUGCUCCACCCAACCGCUGCAUAGUCAGCAUUACUUUAAGGCAGCGGAAACGUCUUUAUCUUCCGAUACGCCACCACUACCACCGUUACGCGCCACAAUUGGACGUCACAGUUCGUUAAGUGAUAGUUACAGCAACACUAAUAACAACAAUCACAAUAACAGCAUAAGUGAACAAUUAACCCUAUCGACGGGUAGUGAUAGUGAGCGUAUCUUUGAAAUGUCUGGCAUUGAGGAGAAUUUAGCGCCAACCGAAAGUGCUAAUAAAGCUGAGGGUGGUGCCGGUGGUGUUGGUCUGACACGCAAGAAUAGUGUACGUGCUCGUGCUAAUAUGUUCCAGCAGUUGCAGGAAAAGACUAGAAGCGCAGAGGCAACGUCGGCGUUAGCUGGCACGGAGCUCGGUCGUGAGGAGAGAACUUCACCGCGACGAGGAUCGUCCCAGCUCUCGCCCACGUCUUCCAUGCUCCCGACGACAGCAUCUGUAAUGAGCAGUAGCAUUUCUAGUAUUAGCGGCAUCCAUACGAACAGUCACGAAGAACCGAAAACACCGCAAAAUCCAAGCAAAACAUACGAGGAAAUUGCUGCCGCUCAUUUGCCACCGACCAAAUCCGCUUUUGAACCGCCGAAAGGCAUACUCAAAUCAAAGUCUAUUGGUGUUGGCUUUAUGCCCAUGGACUUGAGUUCCGAAUUGAAAAAUCGUCUGAAAAGCUCCACACACGCCUCCGUCGCCAAUCUGCGCAAAUCGGCAACAACGCUCAACGCCAAUCGCGUGCAAGAUGAACACGCCAGCGCUGCCACAGCAACAAUUGCCGCGUCCGGUGGCGCGCCACAACACGACGACGCUGUAAGUCUCGUGCGUAAUCUCUCGAAUUUGGGCCGUCCACCGACGUCGACAAGUGGUGGCGGCGGUGUGGCGGCUUUACGUAGCGGUGACACAAUCGCUUCCACCUCGGAAGGUGAAAGUUCGGGCGGUCGUGAAAUAUCGGAAAUAAUUAAAAAUAGCGCCGUUGCACGCCGCCGAAAACUGAAUGAUGGCUCCAAUUUCAUUGCGAAAAGUAAAAGUCAUUCUGCCAUUGUCGCCGCUGCACAACCUUCGACCGGCGGCAUACCCAUUGGCACUGGCCCUCAAUUGCCACCAUUCGGUAGCGGCGGUUUUGUCAAAUUACGGCAUGUAGACAAAGCACCAGAACAACAACAGCAACAAGAAGAACAGCAACCAGGUGCACAGCAUCAAUCCGCCGCUGAGUCAAAUCGCAGCAACUUACCCAACGCACAAAGCGUACAAAACUUACAAGAAGAAGAAGAAGGUGAGGCCGCGCAGGCGCGUAAUCCCACUGCUUUACCGGCAUUCUUACAAGGCGGUCUUCGACGCAGCUUAACAGAGGUCAUGGGUCCUGAUCAACGCACAAUUACAGUCGGUUGUAAGACAGGUUCGAUCGCCGAUCGGCUUGCGGCGCUGCAAAAGAGCGGAGAGGAUGAUUGGAAGAAGAGAAUCUCACGGCGCGACGAAGUCGAUGAAAUACGACGGGAGAAUCUAGUAAAUGAAUCACUUUCUUUAGCACACUCACUAUCGGACAAACCACUGCCGCAAUCGCCUCUCAUACCAAAUUGCUUGGAGGGUGGCAAAGUUUCAGAUCGUUUGGGCAAAUUGAAAACAUCUUCGGAGAAGUGGAAGGAUCGUAUCGAACAAUCCGAUGCCUCCAAGUUCACAGUCGCUGGACGUCUGCAAAAGAAAGCACAGUCACCGAUUGAGCUACAAUUUGAGCGCGAACAAAAUGCCGAACCGAAAAAGUGUCCCAUGCAUGUGGUGGUCAGCGCCAAUCAACCACAACUUGGACUCGCCAAAAGUCCAUCGAUGAUGGUGACAACCAAUACAAAUGGUGGCACCAACGGUGGUACCUACGGUCAUCACAAUUACCUGCAGCGCAGCCUGAGCGUAACGGCCGAGCGUCCGAAUAGCGAAUCGGCAAACUCUAGCUCUGACUCCGAUUCGGAUGGGCGCUGCAAUGAAAAGGAGACGAAGAAUAAGGCGAACACAAGGAGUGCUGCCGCAGAGCGUGCGGCGCUCGGCACACGUGUUACUGUGCCAAAGCUGGACGACGAAGAGACAUUCGAGAAAUUCUUUGCAUCAAAGAAACAAACGUCCAUACAGACAACCGUUAUUAGCGAGGAUGCCGCAGUGAACGAUUUCGAUUUUGAUAGCAUCGAGACGACACAACGUUUGGUUACAAAACGUACCAUACAAGGUCCGAAGGGCAGACGAGCAGCACGCAACCCACUCAAGAGUUUAGCCGAACGCAGCGAUAUCACUUCCGAGUAUACCGAAGUUAAGUCUGGUGUAGCUGAACGUGAAAUGCGGCGCUUGAAACUCGAGUCAUAUGGUCAUCGCAGCAGCAACUUGGCGGCCGAGGCCAUCGCUGGGCUAGCAUCCGUCGAAGAUUUCAAGUCGGUUGCUUUGAAGUCCUCCGCGCUGCCGCUUAAUCAAAUGUGGGUACCGUAUAAGAAACUCAUGCUGCUACAUGUUAAGGGCCGUACACACGUGCAAACGCGUUUGGUUGAACCCACAUAUAAGUCGGUGAAUCGUGGCGAUUGUUUCAUACUCGUGCAUGGUGAUCAGUUGUACCGUUAUGUCGGCUCGUACGCCAAUGUCAUCGAAAUUGCGCGCAGCAAGAAAAUAUGCGCCUAUAUAGUCGAGAAUAAAGAUCUCGGUUGCACAGCAUCAGCCGAAGUUAUACUUACCGAUGGCAAAUUUUUAAAUGAACGCCACUGGAAGAAUUUCUGGGAGCUGCUGGGCAAACCGGAAGAUUAUAUAAUACCCGAUUGUGGGCAUGCCGACGAAGAUGAUCUCUUCGAAGCAAGUCUCAUAGAGACCAACAAAAUCUAUGAAUUCCAAGAUGAUUCAUUGGUGCCGAUGGAAAAGUACUGGGGCUGCAUACCGAAAGUUGAGAUGCUCGAUCCCAAUAAAGUUAUUAUUUUCGAUUUCGGUAGCGAAAUGUAUGUGUGGAAUGGCAAGACAGCGUCGACAAAUGCUAAACGUGCCGCCAUUAAGUUGGCGCAAGAGCAUUACGACACCGGCGAUGUGGACUACUCCAGCUGCUAUGUAAAUCCCGUUAAUUAUGCAGCAAUUGUCGGUAAUCGCGAGUCAUAUAAAUUUUUGCGGCGUUGCGAGAAGCGCGGUGAUUGGUGUAUUUUGGGCAAAAUCACACAAAAUAUGGAAACUUCGCUCUUCAAGGAGAAAUUCUCCGACUGGCCCGAAGUGGAACGUGAAGAUCUGGAAAAGGAUUAUCUCAUAAAUGGUGUGCAUGCCGUAAAAGCGCUCGAUGGACAGGCGCUAUACAAAGGCGAACCUUAUCUCGAGCCUAAUUUAGUGUUGGAAAAUGCCAAUUUGGGGCGUGGCAAUUUCUAUUACGACAACGACAGUAUGCGUCACUUCGAUGUCAUCACUAAAUCCACCGACAAAUGGCAAAUACACGAAUUCAACUUCGACAAUGCGAAAGCUAACAGUUACGGACACUUUUACUCUGCCGAAAGUUAUAUUGUGCGUUGGGUAUAUCAGAUUUCGGUAACGGUGCGCGAGUUGAGUGGCAAAAUAUCCAAUCGAGCCACAGUCGGACGCGAUCGUUGUGUAUAUUUCUGCUGGCAGGGCAACGAUUCCAGCGCCAAUGAGAAAGGUGCUGCCGCGCUGCUCACCGUAGAGUUGGAUAAGGAGAAGGGCGCACAAAAGCGCGUAGCACAGGGCGAUGAAACACCCGCGUUUAUAAGGCUCUUCAAAUUGCUGUUCCAACACAAAGGCCGCAAAGAUGAUUGCCUACAACGUCGCAAUACCUGGCGUCUCUAUCAGAUCACUGGCAAUAUGACGGAAGAGACGCUACUCAGCGAGGUGGACUGUCAUGCGCGUCAGUUGCGUUCACGCGCCUCUAUGUUGCUUAUACACGGCGAUUCGGGUGUGAUAUAUGUAUGGCAUGGCUAUAAGAGCGCCAAACAUACACGCGAUUUGGCUGAGCAGGCGGCAAAUCACUUGAAGACCGAGAAACCGGAAGAUUUGUUUACGGAAGGUGUGAGCGUGGUGCAAGUGGAGAUGGUGGAAGAAGGCAAACAUGCGAGCGAGUUUGAAGCGGCAUUGAGCGGCUUCGAUAGCAACGCUUAUUAUAGCUUACUCAAAGAGACAACCAAAGAUUUCGCUUAUACAGCGCGUCUCUUCCAUUUCUCGAGUACGCAGGGCGUGUUUAGCGCCACAGAAUUGCAAUAUGCGCUGCGUUGCCAGGACUUGCACAGUCCAUAUCCAUACACGCAGGCACAAUUGUACAAUGCACGACAACCGACGAUCUUUAUGUUCGACGACGGUGAUAUGCUGUGGCUUUGGAUGGGCUGGUGGCCGCUGGAGGAUCUCAAAAUUACCACCGAAGAGCGCAGCAGUCCAACAAAUGAGAAUCGCGCCGGCGUGAAUCGUUGGAUAUCGGAGCGACGAGCUGCUUUGGAGACAGCUGUCUCUUACUGGUGCGCCAAAUUUGGUGAAAAUAACGAAAAAGACUUCCAUGACAUUAAAGGUUAUGUCAUAUGGGCUGGCCUAGAGCCAUUGGCCUUCAAAGCUCUCUUUCCCGAUUGGAUUGAGCGUGAUGAUAUCAAAGAAAUAAACAUGCAGGAUGGUCGCACUGAUGAACCCACCCCCAUCACUGAUGUUCUAAAACAACUAACCCAAACCGAAUAUCCGCUUGCCAUAUUAAAGGAACGUCCACUGCCCGAAGGUGUGGAUCCGACACGCUUGGAAUUGUAUUUAAACGAAGCGGACUUCCAGACGGCGCUCGGCAUGACUAGCGCUGAAUUCGAACAGAUGCCAGUGUGGAAGCAAACCAAUCUGAAGAAGGAACGUGGCUUAUUUUAGUUUUUUUGAAUGAAAAACAAAAACCAGAAAAAAAACAACAACAAAACAUAAAAAUAAUAUUUUGCUAUUUAAAUUAAAUAAGUGAAAAUUGCUUAAAGACUAGAACUGCUAAAGUAAAAACCAAAACCUUUGAAAACAAAACAAAAAAGAAAAAAAAUACGCUAAAAAUU